UCCGCCUCUUCCUUCCCCUCGCACCGACCCAUGUAUCCCCUCGCACAGGGUGAUACACUCGAAUGCAGCGAAUGUUUGUUCAUAUUUCAAAGUUUGGUUGAAAAUGUCAUUCGAACCUUCCGAUAUGCUGCGGUUUCGGAAUUUUAGAGACCCAGAAAUAAACUGGCUCUAAAAGUUCUUAACAAAAGUUCACUUGGAGAGGCACAUGUCUGCCGACGGGCGACGGGCGACCAGUUGUUCUUCUACUCUCAAAUCUCAAUUUUGGGUCGUUAGAUAUAUACUUGGCACAGGCCUUGAUGAAAUCUUUUAGGUUCGCUCUACUCCGCUAGCCGCACAGUUUGUUUCAGCCAAUGAUUAUGUACCUGGUCUAUAGUUUCUAUCACUGCUUAAUUUCUCUGAUUUUUCUUUCAAAACAUUUUUCUUCUCUGAUUGAGACAGCUCACCUUACAAGAGCACGUAGAGCCCACAAAGACAAUGUGUAGUUUUAGUAGGACUAGAAAGCGUGACAACAACUUGCUUGUUAAUGUUCAGUUCAUUUGCCUCCUGACUUACUUCAGUUUCCCUCUGAUCAAAUAUAACUGACAUUUUAAUUUGGUCCCCAAAUAUGUACAAUCUUCAGCUGUCGAUAUCUAGUAAUAAUAUUCUUAUCAUGCAAGAUUAAGCAGAGUUGUCUAGAAGUACAUUUUGUAAUACACAACUUAGUGGCUUUUACUGAUGUAUUACCAUAGAUAUCGGUGGUAAAAAUUUUAUUUGGAAAACCUGUCUCUGUCCUAAGCAUGUCUUUACUUGUGAGAGUUGUGACAGGAGAGUGUCACACCUCUUUCUGCAGUGCUGUGUCGACGACUUACGCCAGUAGCAACUUGCAAGUCGUCGCGUCAAUGGAGAUGGUUCAGAUGCAAUGGCAUUAAACAUGCAAGAUGGUGUAUCUCAUUCUCUGCAUCUCCAUUUGUAGUCAUCCAUGCACACACCAGUGAAAUUGGAGACAGAGAAAGGAGAAACAACCAACGCAAGAAGGAUGAAUGGUGCUGUGCUGCUUCAGAUGCUGCUGCUCCUCUUGCUGGCUGCUCGAGCUCAGCAGCAGCAGCAGGUGACGCAGGCCAGGACAGAUCCAAAAGAAGUGGCGGCGCUGGACGCGAUAUUGGGGAGAUGGGGCAAGACGACGUCGCCGCUGUGGAAGAUGGCCGACGAGCCAUGCUACGGCGUCGCCGUCGACGACAGCACCGACCUCGACGGCAACCCCAAGAACAACCCCGGCAUCAAGUGCGACUGCUCCUACAUCAACGGCACCGUCUGCCAUAUCACCCAGCUGAAAGUAUUUGCACUAAAUGUUGUUGGGAAGAUUCCAGAGGAACUACAAGAUCUAACUUACCUGACAUACUUGAAUCUAGAUCAAAAUUACUUGACUGGAUAUUUACCGACAUUCAUUGGGAAUAUGACUUACCUGAGGGAACUAUAUGUGGCGUUUAAUGCGUUAAGUGGAGUUUUACCAAGGGAGCUUUGGAACCUCAAGAAUCUUAUAUCAUUGAGCCUUAGCAUGACUAAGUUUGUUGGCGUACUUCCUGACGAAAUUCAAUACUUAACUGAACUUGAACGACUGUAUAUUGAUAGCUGUGGUUUAAGCGGGGACCUACCAUUAACCCUUUCCAAGCUUAAGAACCUGAGAGCAUUACGAGCAUCAGAUAAUGAUUUCACUGGGAAAAUACCGGAUUAUAUUGGAAACUUGUCAAAUUUGGAAGUACUGAAGCUCCAAGGAAACAAAAUUGAAGGCCCCAUUCCUGCAAGUCUUUCAAAGCUUGUCAAGUUGAAUAGUAGUUUGUGGAUAGGUGAUUUAACAGGAGAGGUGUCUUCCUUGGAUUUUGUGUCUAACAUGACAUCCUUGAAUGCUCUAACCCUGCGAAACUGCAACAUAUCUGACAAGCUGACUUCAGUGGACUUCUCAAAUUUUAAGAACCUCACGGACUUGGAUUUAAGUUUUAACAGCAUCACAGGCAUGGUUCCUCCAACAAUUAUGAACCUUCCAAUGCUCGUUUUCCUAUUUCUUGGGAGCAAUAACCUUAAUGGGAGCCUGCCCAACACUACCAUAAGCCCUUCACUUACUACUAUAGAUUUGUCAUAUAACAUGCUUUCUGGAAGAUUUCCUGCUUGGGUUAGCACAAAAAAUUUAAACGUGAAUUUGGUGUGGAACAACUUUAUGAUAGAUAGCUCUAACAGCAGUAUUUUGCCUUCAGGGCUAGAAUGUCUCCAGCAAGAUACUCCAUGUUUCCUUGGUCAACCAGAGUAUUCCUCUUUUGCGGUAGAUUGCGGUGGUUCCAGAUCCGUUAAAAGCGACGAUAAGUUCAUUUAUGAAUCUGACGGUGCCAAUCUACAAGGUGCAUCAUACUACGUUACAAGGCCAGUGAGAUGGGGUGUUAGCAAUACUGGGAAAUUCUACAUGGGUGAACCUAAUAGAAGUUACAUUAUAUACACUUCAAAUCAGUUUAACAAAACACUUGAUAGUGAACUAUUCCAGACAGCUAGAACGUCACCCUCUUCUCUGAGAUACUAUGGCAUUGGGCUCAAGAAUGGUAAGUACAUUGUUGCACUAAAAUUUGCAGAGAUCUUCCCAGAUGGACAGAUCUGGCAAAGCAUGGGAAGGAGGAUUUUCGAUAUAUACAUUCAGGGAGAGCGCAAAGAACAGGACUUUGAUAUAAAGAAAUAUGCAAAUGAAAAAUCAAAUACUCCUGUUGAAAGGCAAUACUUUACUGACGUUACAAACAAUUUCAUGGAGAUUCAUCUCUUCUGGGCUGGAAAAGGCACUUGUUGCAUUCCUACCCUAGGGUUCUAUGGGCCAUCUAUCUCAGCAUUAAGUGUCUCUUUUUCGGGGGAUCCUGGUCUAAACAUAAACAACACGACUAACGGUGAGAAUACAAGCAGCGGUAGAAGAGGUUUGGUUGUUGGAGUUGUAGUCAGUGCUGUUAUUGUAGGACUUCUAGCAGUUACAGGAACUUUUGUUUGGACACAGAAACGUAAAAGGUUAGAGGUCGAGAUGGAAGAGCUCCUCAGCAUAGUGGGAACGCCUAAUGUAUUUAGUUAUGGAGAAAUAAAAUCAGCUACUGACAACUUUAGUACUCAAAACAUUCUCGGAAGAGGAGGGUACGGACUUGUUUACAAGGGUAAGCUACUUGAUGGGAGAAUGGUAGCCGUGAAGCAGUUAUCUGCAACAUCUCAUCAAGGGAAAAGGGAGUUCAUGACAGAAAUUGCAACAAUAUCUGCAGUUCAACAUCGAAACCUUGUGAAGUUGCAUGGUUGUUGCAUUGAGAGUGAUGCCCCACUUUUGGUCUAUGAAUAUAUGGAAAACGGGAGCCUUGAUCGAGCAAUCCUAGGCAAGGCAAGCUUGAAACUAGACUGGAGAACCCGCUUUGAGAUAUGCGUAGGCAUAGCAAGAGGCCUAGCAUAUCUUCACGAGGAGUCUAGCACACGAAUAGUGCACAGGGACAUCAAAACCAGCAAUGUCUUACUUGAUGCUAACCUCAAUCCCAAGAUCUCUGACUUUGGGCUUGCUAGGCAUUAUAAUGACAGCAUGACUCAUGUUAGCACAGGAGUUGCAGGCACGCUAGGUUAUCUCGCACCUGAGUAUGCCAUGAUGGGCCAUCUCACGGAGAAAGCUGAUGUUUUUGCAUUUGGAAUCGUGGCAAUGGAAAUCAUUGCAGGAAGGCCAAACUUUGAUGAUAGCGUCGAGGAUGAUAAGAAAUACCUACUUGGAUGGGCAUGGUGUUUGCAUGAGAACAAGCAGCCACUUGAAAUAUUAGACCCAAAACUCACAGAAUUCAACCAGGAAGAGGUCAUGCGAGUCAUCAACGUCAUUCUUCUUUGCACAAUGGGCUUGCCUCAUCAACGCCCACCGAUGUCGAAAGUCGUGUCCAUUCUUACAGAAGAUAUCGAGACGGUUGAAGUGGAAGCAAAUGCGAGGCCUAGCUAUAUCCCUCAGUCGCAGAUCAGGAGUGAGAAUGAUGGCUUCAUAGCAGGCUACUUCUCAGGAUCAUCGAUACAGCAAUCUUCAGGUACCCAAGGCAGCAUGCCAUCAAGCUCAAGCAGCAAACCCAAAUUUCACAGGGACACCUCCCCUUUAGCACUGUCGCCUUGUUCUAGCUGUGAGAUUGAUUAGGGAAGAUAGAUGAUUGUGGAGAUUAUGGAUACCCCAUAUCUACACGGCGGUUAUAUUUAGACUGGAUAUAGGAUACCGAAUAUAGAUAGAAUAUCUUUAUUGUAUCUCGGGUUUGUUUCUUAACUUGUACGUCAAGGAAAUACCCGUAGAUUUAGUCGGUUACGAUUGUAUUUUAUCUGUAUUUUCGUAUUCCGUUAGGGAUAUGAGUUAUACCUUAUAAUACGGACUCCUUCCCCUAUAUAAGGAGGGGUCCGAGUCCUUCUUAGGACACACAAUUCUCUUUGAGAUCAUACAUUCAAUAAUACACUCGGCGGAUUCAUCCCCGGACAGGAGUAGGGUAUUACUUCUUGAAUAAGAAGGCCUGAACCUGUAUAAA